CUUGAAGAACCCAUUUCGCAGUUGAAUGUGAUUCCUGUAUCUGGUACUAGAUUGUAAUUAGAGUUCUACUUGCACUAUUCCGGAGUCAAUUUUGAGAAAUUGCGGGUUUCGCGCUGGAUUGUUCGCUUCACGUCACUUGAAUAGAUGGAGAUUGUGAAGAGCACAAUGACCCCGUACAAGGAGGCACUGAAUUGCUUAUCCUCGCUGAUUAUUCCACGGACUCGUGCUGAUGCAUCUACGAUCCGCUUCGACCUGAUGUUUGACUAUUUGAAGAUAUUGGAGCUGGAAGGACCCGUUUCACAAUUGAAUGUAAUUCAUGUUGCCGGAACUAAAGGGAAGGGUUCUACUUGCACGUUUGUAGAGUCGAUUUUGAGAAAUUGCGGAUUUCGGACUGGAUUGUUCACGUCGCCGCACUUGAUUGAUGUUAGGGAGAGGUUCAAAAUAGAUGGAGUGGAAAUUUCUCAGGAGAAGUUCUUGACAAACUUUUGGUGGUGUUGGAAUAGAUUGCGGGAGAAAACCAAUGAUGAUGUACCCAUGCCAUUCCAUGUCUGUUUCCUUGCAUUGCUUGCAUUCAAGAUAUUUUCCGUUGAAAAGGUGGAUGUUGCUAUCUUGGAAGUUGGUCUCGGAGGAAAAUAUGAUGCAACUAAUGUGGUGAAGGCACCUAUUGUUUGUGGAAUAUCUUCCCUGGGCUAUGACCAUAUGGAGAUAUUGGGAAAUACAUUGGGACAGAUUGCAGGAGAGAAAGCUGGCAUCUUCAAGCAAGAAGUUCCAGCAUACACCGUGCCUCAGCCAGAAGAAGCAAUGUCUGUGCUCAGGGAUCAAGCUUCCCACUUAAGUAUUCCCCUUCGAGUUGUCUCACCUUUAGAUACAGAAAUACUGAAGGAUCAGCAACUUGGACUUCACGGUGAGCAUCAAUAUCUAAAUGCAGGCCUUGCAAUUGCCUUAUCAAAAAGUUGGCUUCAAAGAACCGGGCAUGAAGAAAGUAUUUUUCUCAAUAAUACACAGAAUACUUUACCAGAACAAUUUGUUAGGGGGCUCACAAUGGCCAAUUUGCCAGGCCGGGCACAAAUUAUCUCUGACCCCAGUUUUGAACAACUAGUUUUCUAUUUGGAUGGGGCACAUACCCCAGAAAGUUUGGAGGUGUGUGGGAAAUGGUUCUCUAGUGUUGUCAGAGAAGAAACUCAAUCAGCUAAAAGUUGCAAAUCUGAACAGAUACUUCUAUUCACUUGCUUGUCAGUUAGGGACCCUCGGCUUCUGCUUCCGCCCCUAGUAAAUAGUUGUGCGAGUCAUGGGAUCCGCUUCACAAGGGCCCUUUUUGUACUGAAUCAGUCCGCGUAUAAUAUGUUUGGUGCACACGCAACAACACAAGAUGAGCCACAAGUUGAUGUUUCAUGGCAACUGACACUUCAAAAAGUUUGGGAUAACCUUAUUCAUGGGGGAAAAGGUAAAAAACAGGAAGAGCUGAAUACUGCAAAGGGUGAUGAGAGUAGUUCAGUGUUUCCUUCACUCCCUUUAGCCCUUAACUGGCUCAGGGAAAAUGCUCAACGAAAUAAAUCGAUUCGUUCUCAGGUCUUGGUCACUGGUUCUUUGCACUUGGUUGGGGAUGUUUUGAGAUUGAUCAAGAAGUGAUACGAACUCUUUGAAUCGAUCAAACUGCAGUCCUUCGAUCAGGGCACCAUGGAGCUCACAUCGAUCAAUCCUUUCUAUUUUUCCGUAAAACCCGACAAUAAAUCCUUUUCGGUCCUAUAUAUUGUAACAAUAGCUGAAUAUGAUCAUCGUUAAUGUUUGAGACGGGCUAUCAAAUUAAAAAGAUCUUGUAGCCUAAUAAUUUGAGUAUAUGGGAUUUACUAGUUUGUGGUCAUAUCUAUCAUCAUGCAUGUUGA